CGGGAGGCGGAGCGAGUUGGGGGUGGGGCUUCCUGGCUACGCCACCGGAGCGCAUGGGCGGACGGCAUCCUCGGAGCUGACAGACCCCUUCAAUUUCCGCCGUUGUCGGAAAGAUUGCGAAGGCUGUGAGCAGAGCGCUACUUGAGCUCCCUCGGUCGCCAGCAUGACUGAUGAAAAAGAUUCCCUGAGGGGAGGCGAAGAGAAAGCAGAAGAGCCGGUGGUGCGUACCGUCACCAGUAGUGCGUACUCCGUGAAGCCGGCGGCGGAGGAAGAGCCCAUGAAGGUGGAAGAGCCGGUGGGGGCUGAUGGCUUCUCUGACAGCUGCUCUGAUGGCUGCUCUGACGACCUCAGCUGUGGGGAGGCCCACAUAGAUCCAAAUCUCCUAGGGCUUGCGGCUGACGAGGAGAAAUGCCGGAAUAUCCGCAAGCAGUACCGGCAGCUCAUCCAUAACGUCCAGCAGAACCGUGAAGACAUAGUGAACACGGCGAGCGACUCCUUAACCGAGGCUCUGGAGGAAGCCAACGUCCUUUUUGAUGGAGUGAGCCGAACCAGAGAAGCAGCUCUCGAUGCCCAGUUUCUCGUUUUGGCUUCUGAUUUGGGUAAAGAAAAAGCAAAGCAACUAAACUCUGAUAUGAACUAUUUUAAUCAAGUAGCUUUUUGUGAUUUUCUGUUUAUAUUUGUGGGUCUGAACUGGAUGGAAGAUGAUGAACAUGAGUUGAGUGGCUGUGACGAUAAUAUAGCUCUUUCCUUCUGGGAGACAGUGCACAAAGAAGCAACAUCCUGGACAUUGCAAGCUGAAACAUUCCACUUUAUUUUUGGUUCAUUCAAGUCACAGUCUUCUGCACCAAAGCACCGAUCUGAACACCAUAAAAAAACUCACAGAAUGGAAGAAAAUGGGGAUAUGCCUACAAAGCUGAGAAAGCUGGACCUGAGUAAUAACCAAGAAGCGACAGAAAAAGAAGUAGAAAGAAUCCUGGGACUGUUGCAAACGUACUUCCGAAAGUAUCCUGAUACUCCCGUGUCCUAUUUUGAGUUUGUGAUUGAUCCAAAAUCUUUUUCUCGUACUGUGGAGAAUAUUUUUUAUGUUUCUUUCAUUAUAAGGGAUGGUUUUGCAAGAAUAAGGCUUGAUGAAGACAGGCUGCCAAUAUUAGAGCCAAUUAAUAUUAACCAAGUGGGUGAGGGAAAUGAUCCCAGUUCCCAUGGCAGGAAACAAGGAGUUAUAUCUUUGAGUUUACAGGACUGGAAAAAUAUUGUGGCCACUUUUGAAAUUUCAGAGGCUAUGAUCACAAACUCCUACUAAAUAUUUUUGUUCUUAGUAUAAGGUGCAUUUUGUGGCUUUUCUGAAGUAUCUCAAAAUAGAGUGUAAAAUCUAAGAAGCACAUACUGUAUCUCUUGUAAAAUGAAAAAAGUGUUUUCAGGAACAUCAUAAAUUGUACUGUGCAGUGUGUUUUUUUCCUUGGUAGUUUAUAAGGUUGUCAUGGUCUUCUGUUAUUAAAAAAAUUACUGGCAUGUUCGUGGAAAAUUUUUUUGAAUGUCCUUUAAGACUUUAUUAAUAAAAAUCAGUUCAAAAUUUCAUAAAUUACAAAGUAUUUGGUAUU